GGUCAAACCUGACAUGAGGAGACCAGAAGGGUCAAGCACAGUAUCUGCGUAGGGGAUUGCAGCUCUGCAGCAGCUGGGGCUAUUUAAUGGAGCCUGAGUUUUCAUGCCCGCUGUGCCCUGUGCCUUUGCUGUGGUCUUGUCCUCAGCAAGUGGAGACACAAACACGGUGUGCACACAUGACAAUCUGGUGUGCGUGUGUGUGUAAAUGGAGACAACCUGGUGUGCAGUUGUGUGUAAACAACCUAGAGGGGUUGUGUGUGUAGACAACUUGAUGUGUAUAUGUAUGUGUGUGCGUGGAGACAACUUGGUGUGUGUGUGUGGAGACAACCUGGGGUGCGGGUAGACAACCUGGGGCGGGGGGUGUGUGUGUAUGUGUGUGGUUGUUAUCACUAUUAUCGCGCCAGGCAGUGGCAGAAGCUUCUCCCGUAGCGGCCCCGGACUCCGACUUGCCCCCAAAAGCCCCGCUCGCUCCCUCCACCGCCCCCAAGAGCUCCCCCCUCCAAACCCUUCUUCUCCCGCCACCAGAGCCAGCCGGCCUCCGAUUGGUCGCUGUGGGAAGGACCCACCACAUCAGCCCCGCCUCUUCCCAGUAGCGUCACAGAAGGGGGUCACGUGAUGUGGCGGGCGCGGCCUGCCAUUGGUCGACACGAGAGGAAACAAGCCACCUCCCGCCUCAGGCAAGGGAAGUGCGACACGGGAGGCGGGUCACGUGACGUGGCGGGGCCCGCCCGCUUCCUGGCUGCUUAAGUAUGGCCCACACGUCGCCUGAAGCCGGGAAGGCGCCGGGCAGGAUCCAGAAGUACUUCACAGCUAGCACAUGCAGCUCAGCCCCGAGGCGGACUCUUACAAUGAUUCAGCCUUCAGCAGCAGGCUGCCUUGUUGGCAGAGGCAAUCAGAAUCAAACUGCUUCUACAUCACAGCCUGCCAAAUCCUCAAUCAAGAGGAAACUUUGGAAUAACCAGUUGAUUUCAAAGAGUUGUAAAACUGAAGUUGUCAAAAGAGAACAAGAAAAUGAGAGUCUAGAUGACAUCACUCAAGCUGUGGCUCUUAUGGUAAAAAAAAGUCCCCCAUCUCAGUACUGGAAGGAAGUGGCUGAAGAAAGGAGGAAGGCUCUGUAUGAAGUACUUCAAGAAAAUGAAAAGCUGCACAAAGAAAUUGAACAAAAAGAUGGUGAAAUUGCCCACUUAAAAGAAGAAAAUGAUGAGCUGUUGUUACUUGCAGAGCACGUGCGGUAUAUGACAAACAUGAUUGAAAGACUGACUGGGCAGGCACCCGACAGCCUUGAUGCAUUAAAGGAUCUAGACUUGGAAGAACUUAAACAGGAGGAUGAAGAGAGGGAUUUGGGGAGUAAUUUAAAUAGUGAUUCAGAAGAGGAGUCUUCAAAGUCAUGUGAUUCUGAGGAGAAUGCUAGAGUCUCAUGUGUGAACAAUCCAAGAAGUCUGUGAAACUGGCUUGGAAACAAAUAGCCAGGGUUUGUGUUUUGCAGCUUCCAUUCUUAUUUUAUUUCUAUUUUAUUUUUUUUAUUUUUUUUUCUUAAUUCUGAGCUCAUUCUUGGAGGAACCUACUGCCAAACUUACCUCAGGUACAAUUGUUGAAUUUUGUGGAAGCUUUAAAGAUGCAGCAGAUUUUAACUGGUGAUAUGUAGCAAUGGAAAUAUUUGUAUACUGCCUAAACAAGGUUUUAGAGGUCACUUGUAUAAAUGCAAAUACUAUAUAUUUCUAAUUUGUUUUGUAAAUAGUUAUCAGUUUGUGAGACACAGUAUGUCAGACCUACUUGAUUUAAAUAAACUUUAGCAACCUUUCUAUUGCUUGAUUAGUGUGAAA